GGGAAGUAUAGUGUUAAUAAUGAAGUUCUGUGGACCAAAGCUGUCACUCUGCGGACUUAUUAUAAGCGUGUGGGGUAUCAUACAACUUGUACUUAUGGGUAUAUUUUAUUAUGUACGGAGUGUGGCAUUGGCAGAUGAUCUUCCUGGUGUGGAAAAGGAAUUUGAGAAUCUUAGCGAGUUCUAUGCUGCUGCUGAUGCAGGGUACUUGCAGAAUGCCUACAACUGUUGGAUUGCAGCAUGCCUCUACAUUUUCACACUUCUAAUAUCAGGACAUCAGUUUUAUGUUAAUAGUCGCUCAUCUUUAAGUAUGUGAGACAUUGAACAAGUAAAUGAAAAAAUUAUCAAAUUUCUUCCAUUUUCUUGGUCCAAUCACCUGAAAGAAAUAUGUAGCCUCACAUUUUAAAUUUUGAAAUCCAGGUGAACCACACAAGUAUUUCUAUAAAAGUAAGUUUGGUAUAAGUAAUGCAUACUUAGUGAAGUUUCAUAAUUUAUUCAUUUUGAGUAACAAUGCUCAAUUAUCUUUUAAAACUAAGGUGGUAACAGGCAUUACAGUUUUUUCAUUUUGAAUAUAUCAGUAUUAGCCAUGGUGUAAUUGUUUCCCAAAUGCUUACAAGAUGUCAUAUCUAAAUAGGUUAAUGAUGCUAGUGAGGUUUUGUUUUUCAACGGUUGACAGUUUCAAAGAUUUCAUUGUAAAUGUGUAUUAUAGAUAAUUAUUAUAGCGGUAAAAUAAUCUAAGUUUAUAUGAAAAUUGUGUGUUGAUACUGUACGUAAUAGGACAGUUGCAUUUGCUGUAAAAGUAUAUAUUUCACUAUUUUCUCUCUCUCUCUCUCUCUCUCUCUCUCUCUAUUUUUUUUUACAAAGAGUUUUCACUACAAACUGUUGAUAAUUUUGCAGUUGAAAACAAAAUGCACAAUUCAGUGGAUAUAGGGCAUUUUAUGAUUAUUAGUAUUUCAGUAUUGAAAAUGUGCAGAAUUAAUUAUUUCCACUGUUGCAUUUUUAUGCAGAUAGAAAUACUGUUUUAGUUCUGUGUGAUAGUUUAAUUUUAUAACUAGAACACUCUACUCUGUGUAUUUAUAAGAUUUGCUGCUGAAUAAUUACAUUCCUGUAUUUGAAAGAUGAGAGAACUUUAUCUUAAGGAUGCUGGUAACUUUUUACAACCAGACAACAGGAAAUUGUCAUUUUUCUCACAACUAUGAUGUAAAUACUUACUUGUGUAAAUAAAGCUUUGUUUGUGAAACAGUCA